CGUAGAAAUUCAUUUCUUAAUGCGAAGUAUAAUUUCAAUAGACGCGCCACGCAGUUUAUUUGAAAACACGAGAGGAACGAGACAUAUUUUCAAUCGUUCCCGAUUAAAAUGAUGUGGCUAAGGAUAUUUCUUCUACUCUUUAUUUUGGGAUUUAUAGACAUAGGCUAUACAAGUGCAAAAAGAUGGUCGUCUUCAUUACGCUUCGGCAAUAGUCGUUCAUCUUCAAGUCAUCGAAUUUCUAAGCCUACAUUAUCCUCGAGUGGAGGAUAUUCUUCAAGAGGACACGCUUCAGCUUCGCCAAAUCAUGAACAAAUUUCGUCGAUAAAUUCAAAACCAUUAAAUACUGGACAUAUCAGAGGAAGUCCAGUUCCACAUCAACAAUCAAAUAAAGAUAUAAAUACACCAUUUUUACAUGGCGAAGGAGGGGGAGCAAUAAAGCCAAAAACUGACGUAAAUCAUCAGACGUCUAACAUAGGCUUUAACGCGAACGCAAAACCACCAUCACCUUAUACUCCGUCAGCUCCAAUUAUACCAAUUCAUGACUCAAAGCCUCUUUUUUCGUCUGCACCACCUCAAGCACCAUCUUUUGGACACUCUGGUACACAUGUUAAUCAAGGAUCUGGUAUUCCUACACACCAAUCUCCAAUUGGAUUUAAACCGGACGUAUAUCCUAACAAUAAUUCGCCAAUUGGUUUUAAAUCAAGCGUAUAUCCCAACAACAAUUUCGGAUCGCAACCUUCACAUCCGCAUAAUCCUCCAUCAUAUCCAUCACCUUCAAUGCCUUAUCCAAGUCAAACAAUUCCUCAUUCUAAUCCUGGAAGUCCAUUUAUACCUCCGAUGUCACAACAACCGUUUGGUGGUCAUUCAAUGAAUUAUCCGCAAGGACAUCCUUCAUUUCCUGUAACACAUAAUUAUCCAUUACAAUCCGGUGUUCCACAUUAUCCAAAUAUGCAAACUAGUCACCCAAUGAAUAAUCAUUAUGCACCUGGUGGUUAUGCACCUGGUGGUUAUGGACCUGGACCUGCUUCCUAUCCUCAACAACAAGGACAAUAUCUUGCUCAGCCUGCAGCACAACCUUAUAUACCAGGACAAACGGUAUUAAUGGUUCCAGGCCAGCAAAGUAGUGGUAGAGGUUUUGGUGAUAUGAUUAAGGAAGCUUUGGUAUUUUCAACUAUCAAUGCUGGCGUAAAUAGACUGAUAAAUCCUCAUCAACAUUAUUACGAACCUAAACCAAGUGGUACCGAAGGUUCAACUGGUGGUAGUACUGGUACAACAACGCACAUAACUUACAACAAUCAAUAUUUUAACAAUUAUCCUGUCAAUGGGACAAAUGGAACAAUGGAUCCACAAAAUAUGGGUUCUCCUCCAAAUCCAAUGUAUAAUCCUACUGGAUCGAAUCCACAGCAAAAUUCAGCUAUACCGAUAGCUAAUAGCGGAAUUUAUUAUCCACCAUCUAAUAUCCCUGAUAUAUCGAAUGGGAACAAUGUUAGAUCACCGAAUCAAUUAGGUGUAACAGGUGUUUCAAUGGUUACAAAAAAUGAUACAAAUUUGUACGUUCAAGGAAAUGAUUCUAAUAAGCAAAUAAAUAAUACAACCGCUAAUAUGGCUGAUAUUUAUCAAUAUAUUAUUAGCGAUAGUGAUCUAUAUAAAAUAUCGGAAGAUCUAUUUGCCCAAGAGGAACACAAUCUAACUAAAUAUAUAAUAAUGAAUUUGCAAGCUCGUUCAAACCCUGGUAACGUAACAGACGUCGCUGAAAGACAACUAUUGUACGUACAAUCAGAUGCAUACAAUAUUUUAACGAUCAAAGUUAUUCGCAUGUUGUACGAGAAUUAUGAACGUAACUCAAGUAAAAAAGAAAACAGAACUUUCGAAAAACGUAUGGAGGAAAAUAUUUUCUUGGAUGUUAUUUUAAAUACGAAUGUUAUGCACACAGCGAUGAAAUGGUUGUCAUCACGUGGCUUCAUUGAUCCCGAUGAUUUUGAAAGAAAAGACAUUCUACGUCACAUUUGGUUCACCCAAUUUCAUGGCACUUCUUCAGGAUUUGAACGUGUCUUUGCGUCAGAGAUUUAUGGUGAUACCGAUAUUUUAGGUGUCCAAGAUUGGAUCUAUUUUAAUCACGAAGAAUCAUCGAAAAAUAUCAAUUAUAUGGGAUACGUUGAUAAAAUGGAUCUUGGAAACAAAGCUUCACUAGUUAAAUUAAAUUUCAAUAUGAAUGGUAUCAUCAGACCAAAUGUCACGAUAUUCGUAGGUACAACACCGGAACUUGAAAUGGCCUUAUAUACGAUAUGUUUCUAUGCUAGACCAAAUAAUCUAUGUCCAGUAUCACUUGGUAAUACUAAGUUCAAUAUUUAUACUCAUGCCUUCAGAUACUUUGGAAAGGAUCUCAUAGAUCUCGCUUUACCAAUAAUUUAAAUAUAUUUCAACUAAUUAAGUAGAUAAAGUAUAAAUAAAUAAGAUACAGAAUUAUAUAUAAUAAAUAAACAAAAUAUUAACAAUUACAAAUAUUUGAAAA